CCCGCAGACCCACCUGGCUUGGAAGGCGACCACCUGUCCGACCCGAUUCUUCAGCUGAGCAACUGCUGGCGCCCUUCUCGCCCAUCCCGCCCACGUUCUUCCGCCCACGACACGAGCGGAACGGCCUGAUGAACGCCUCCCUCAGCGCGUCCGAUUCCCGAAGGAGGACGCAUCAGCACCCUCGGGAGGCCAUCGAGGUCCUGACGGCGUGGCUGACGGAGCACCGCGACCACCCGUACCCUGACGACGACCAGAAGGCGUCUCUGGUGCGGCGGACGGGACUCUCGACGCAGCAGGUGGGCCACUGGUUCACGAACGCCCGGCGCCGCCUCCUGCCGAAGCUGCGGGCGGAUCUGACGAAGGAGUGAGGUCGGGGGU